AUGUAUUCUUCCACACGACGAAGUUCGGAGAAUCAACUAAACGAUACGUUUCAUAAGAUCUACGUGCCACUUUUAAGGUUUUCAUUGAACAUCUCCACCAUCAAAUACAUUUGCCUCUUCGUCUACUGUAUUCGUUCCAUGCAGGACCAUCUCUCGGCCCCCAUCUACUGUCGAAACGCCUCCGACGCCUUCCUAUGCUCAGCGUCCACGUGUCAAUGGAUUCACACGAUCACGCAGAAUCUGCCACGUUUCCUGCUGGCCGAAUGGAUGCUCGUCGAGCAGUGUGCCUAUCUUUUGGUGGCGUUUCUUAUCAGUUGUGCGCUCUUUUUGUAUUCAGUGUAUUUGGUGAAAAAGGAGACGGAUUUGAGGAUACGGUACCGCGCGAUUCUCACGUUUCCCAGCUUGUUUUUUGAGCUCCUGAUGACGUUCCUACUGUACUACUCCACCAUCACCUCAAUCGAUCAAUACUCAAAAACGGCGAGAACGAAUCCGAACUAUCAUUCCACCGCGUUCAUCAUUUUCGCAUUCAUUACCUCGUGUUUCUAUGCGAUUAUGCUCGUGAUCCACUUCGCCACACUGUACUACAUGAUGAUCUACCCAAUCACCCCAUUGACGUCUCCCUAUACACUAUCCAACGCGAAUUACUCACAAAUGAACUACGGACCAUUGGGAGUUGGAAGUAAUGGAAGUGGUGGGCGGAGUCAGCAUUAUGAGGCCAUGCAACCGCCACUGCUCGCCGACUCUUAUCGAUUAUCAGUGAACAAUUGGCAAGCGGCCAACGAGACACGUGGCACCGUCAGCACCUACUCGCACGUUCGCAGCUGGAACAACACGUUGAGAUCUACGGCCACCUCACGCAACCAACGUGCCGCACUGCGUGACGACGACAACGACUACUUGGAGCUGAUCUAA